ACGUUGCUGAGCUCUGACAAGGCGCCGAGGAGCGGCCGUUGGGAGCGCGCGCCCCUGUCCUGUCUCCCUUCCCCGCUCCGGGCGUCGCCGGUGCCGCGGCUGGGGGUGGCCGCCGGGCGCGGAGGGCGGUGGCGCUGGGAUUAGAGGCUCCUCGCUAAAUCCUUUGCCGCCUUGAGGCGGUGGCGGCUUUAGCCCUGAGCUCCCCCCCCCUCCUUCCCCGCCCGGCCGAGCCCAGCUAAGCCGCGCUAAUCGCAGGCGUCCAGCUCGGGCAGGGCCGCCGGGCCUGGGCCCGAUCCCGGGCAGCCAUCUCCCCUCGUCUCCCCUCCCGGCCGCCGUCAUGGAGCCACGGCGGCCGCGGCAGUCUUACCGUGCGCCAUCCUCCCCGCCGGGUCGCGGCGGGCGGGAGAACAAGGGGCUCCGUCGGAAGGUCCCGCUGGGGGCCGGGAGCGCCAGUGGCCCCGAGGAGCCGGCGGACGGCAGGAAGCCCAAAUUCCACUUAAAUAUCAAGACACUGACAGAUGAUGUGUUGGACAGAUUUGCCAGUAUAAGGAUUCCAGGAAGUAAAAAGGAAAGACCUCCUCUGCCGCAUCUGAAGCAGUCCCAUUCUACAGAUUUGUCAUCCACACCUAUGGAUGCGGAGGAUUUUGGUCCAAAACCCAUGUCGGAAAGAGAAAUCAUAGCACUGUUUGAAAAAAUGAUGGAAGAUAUGAAUUUAAAUGAAGACAAGAAGAUGCCAUUGAGAGAAAAGGAUUUUAAUACCAAAAAAGAAAUGGUGAUGCAAUAUAUUAGCACUGCCUCAAAGUCUGGAAGUCUCAAGAACAGUCGGAAGAUUUCAGCCCAAGAGUUUAUUCAGGAAUUAAAAUCUGGGUCAACAGAUGAAAGACUAGUCACUUGCUUAGAAUCUCUCCGUGUGUCCUUGACUAGUAAUCCUGUCAGCUGGGUUGAAAACUUUGGCCGAGAAGGUCUGGGGCUGCUGUUGGAUGUUUUGGAAAGAUUGGUUGAAACAAAAAACCAGGACAAAGUUGUGAAGAGGAGUCAGCAUAAGGUUAUACAGUGCUUGAGAGCCUUCAUGAAUAAUAAGUAUGGAUUGGAAAGAAUUUUGGGAGAAGAGAGAAGCCUUUUGUUGCUGAUCAAAGCAAUUGAUCCCAAGCAAACUAACAUGAUGACAGAUAUAGUUAAGCUCCUUUCUGCAAUGUGCAUUGUUGGAGAGGAAAAUAUCCUUGAAAAAAUUUUGGAAGCUAUAACAGCAGCAGCAGAGGAAAAGAAUGUUGACAGAUUCUCUCCUAUUGUAGAAGGUCUUCAGGAUAACUCAGUUCAGCUGCAAGUAGCCUGCAUGCAGCUCAUCAAUGCUCUCGUUACAUCUCCUGAUGAUUUGGAUUUUAGGCUUCAUAUCAGAAAUGAAUUUAUGCGCAGCGGAUUGAAAGAGAUAUUGCCACAAUUGAAAUGUAUAAAGAAUGAAGCACUAGAUAUUCAGCUGAAAGUGUUCAACGAGCAUAAGGAAGAAGACAUGAUCGAGUUCUCUCAUCGUUUAGAAGAUAUUAGAUCUGAACUAGAUGAAGUAAAUGAUGUUUACAACAUGGUGUGGAAUACAGUUAAGGACACUAGCGCUGAAGGAUAUUUUCUUUCUAUUCUCCAACAUCUUUUGCUCAUAAGAAAUGACUAUUUCAUACGUCCACAGUAUUUCAAAUUAAUUGAAGAGUGUGUGUCCCAGAUAGUGUUACAUCGAAGUGGAACAGACCCAGAUUUCACGUAUCGUAAAAGAUUAGAUAUAGAUUUCAGCCACUUAAUAGAUAUUUGUGUAGAUAAAGCAAGAUUAGAAGAAUGCGAAGAGAGGGCUUCUGAACUUUCCAGGAAAUUUGAAAAAGAUUUUGUAGUUCAUCAGGAGACCCAGGCCCUGCUACAAAAAAAAGAAGAAAGAAUUAAUGAACUUGAAGCAGAAUUGCAAGCUUUUAAAUCACAGUAUGGCUCCUUGCCGCCUGGUUUUCUACCAUCAACACGCGGAGAUGCAUCUAUAGUUCCAAUAGAAGCUGCAGGACCACAUCAACUUCCGCCACCGCCUCCUCCACCGCUGCCUUCUAAUGGAGCAAUUCCACCACCGCCGCCUCCCCCUCCUCCUCCUCCACCACUUCUGAAUGGUUUGGGAGUUCCCCUGGCUUUUGGUGGUGCUCCUCCACCACCGCCUCUACCAGGCCUGCCUGGAGCACAGUGGUCUCCACCUUCAUGUACUUUGCCAUUUGGAAUGAAGCCUAAAAAAGAAUUCAGACCUGAGGUUACCAUGAAAAGACUCAACUGGUCUAAGAUCAGACCUCAGGAAAUGACAGAAUCCUGUUUUUGGGUUAAGGCAGAAGAAGACAAGUACGAGAAUGCUGACAUGCUUUGCAAAUUGGAACUUACGUUUUGUUGUCAAAAAAGGGUAAAAAAAGAGGAAGAGGAUUUUGAAGAGAAGAAAUCCAUUAAGAAACGAAUCAAAGAAUUAAAAGUUUUAGACCCAAAGAUUGCACAGAAUCUGUCAAUUUUCCUUGGCUCUUUCCGAGUGCCUUAUGAGGAAAUCAAAAUGAUGAUAUUGGAAGUAGAUGAAACACAGCUGUCAGAGUCCAUGAUUCAGAAUUUAAUAAAACAUCUUCCUGAACAAGAGCAAUUGAAUGCAUUAUCCAAGUUCAAGAGUGAAUACAAUAAUUUGUCUGAGCCAGAGCAGUUUGGAGUUGUGAUGAGCAACGUGAAGAGACUACGGCCACGGCUCAGUGCUAUUCUUUUUAAGCUUCAGUUUGAGGAGCAGGUGAACAACAUCAAACCUGACAUCAUGGCUGUCAGUGCUGCCUGUGAAGAGAUAAAGAAGAGUAAAAGCUUUAGCAAGCUGCUGGAACUAGUAUUGCUAAUGGGAAACUACAUGAAUGCAGGUUCUCGGAAUGCCCAAACCUUUGGAUAUAAUCUCAGCUCCUUAUGUAAACUGAAGGACACAAAGUCGGCAGAUCAAAAAACAACGUUGCUCCAUUUUCUUGUAGAAGUGUGUGAAGAAAGUUAUCAGGAUGUCCUGAAUUUUGUUGAGGAUUUUCAGCAUUUAGAUAAAGCUAGUAAAGUCUCAGCGGAAAACCUGGAGAAGAGCCUGAAGCAUAUGGAGAGGCAACUCCAACAGCUUGAGAAGGAUUUGCAGACUUUUCCAGUUCCUGAAGAUAAGCACGAUAAGUUUGUAACAAAAAUGUCUAGCUUUCUCGUUCACGCCAAAGAAGAUUUUCAGAAACUUUCACGGAUGCACGAGAACAUGGAAAAACUCUAUCAGAAUGUGAUGGGAUAUUAUGCCAUUGAUCUGAAGAAAGUUUCAGUGGAGGAGUUUUUAACAGACUUAAACAACUUCAGGACAAUGUUCAUGCAAGCAGUAAAGGAGAACAUGAGAAGAAGGGAAGCAGAAGAAAAACAGAGGCGUGCUAAAAUAGCUAAGGAAAAAGCAGAAAAAGAAAAACAAGAGAGGCAACAAAAGAAAAAGCGCUUGUUAGAAAUGAAAACAGAAGGUGAGGAGACUGGAGUGAUGGAUAGCCUGUUGGAGGCCUUGCAGUCAGGUGCAGCUUUUCGAGACCGAAGGAAAAGAACACCAAGACCUAAAGACGUACCACAAAAUCUCAGUCCAACCACGCAGCGGCCUGUGCUGAAAGCUUGUAACCAUGAGAACCAGAAAGGACAACUAGAGAAGUCAUGUUCGCACCACAGUAUCAGUUUAAACUUGACAAGAAGCCCAGCCACCAAAGAGGUUACUUAUGAUGUUGAAACAAGUUCUUCUAUGGCUCGGAACAAGGCUGUUGGGAGAAAGGAAGCCUGUCAUGGAGAAAGCAACAAAGAAAAGAAAAUAGAUCGUAUGGCGUCUCCUUCUAAGGGAGAAGCCAUUCCAGAAGUAGAAGCUCUCCUGGCAAGACUGCGAGCACUAUAGAAUAAUCAUAUAAAGGAUUAAAUCAAAGCUUUAAAAAAGGCUCUAAUAGCCUACAUCUCUAAAGAUACACUAAUUUUCUAUUAUUGACAUUACAUACUUCUGAGUUCCCAACUUCUCUAUGGAUGAAUACUUUAUUUCUAAACUGUUUUGUUUGCAAGACUGUAUAAAAUUAUGCUCUAGUUUUGCAUAACUGCAAGGUUAUUUUUGUUAUAUGGUUUUACCUACUGAGCAUACAAAAAAUAUCAGAAGAAAGAGAUACUAAAUUACGCCAAGGCACAAUCCUUUUAGUGGACAAACUGCUGACCACAUGCUUUGAGAGAAGCUCAAAAUAGGAAUACCUUUUAAAUAAUGUUAAAUCAUCAUGCCUGGGAAUAAGGGUCAGGAAAUAAUGGAAAGGGUAUUCUUAUAUUUUCUACUGCUAUUGCUAUACUUAAGAGAGUUUAGCACCUAGAAAGUAUUAUGAUAGCAUCCUUUGCAAUUACAGUUAUAGGAAGAAUGUAUCAUAUAGAUCAGCCAUGUUCCACUUUGAGUUCAUCAAAGAGCACCAAAGCUUGCCGAAUUAUAUAUAUAUUUACGAAAAGGAAAUCCAUGGACAGUAAAUAAAAAAUCUAUGCAAAUAAUAUAUUUUAUGUGUGAUUAAUAUAUCGCUGCUGUUAAGCUUAGUUAUGAUUAUUAUAUCAAAAUAAUAUAUACCAUUUCUGUGAUUGCAAGGUUUUGCAAUUGUGUCCAUAGUGGGGGAAAAUGUCUUCACAGUUAUCUACCAGGGUAAUUUUUUAUCUUUUCACAUGUGAGUUAAUAUGUUUCUAUAAAAGGAACAUGUAAUGGAAAAGAUUUUUACAAUUGGUUUUUCACAAACUCAUUUUCCAGUAGCCCGUAAAGUCUUAUUUGCUGGCACAAUAGGAAUCUUGCACAUAAUUGCAUCUGUGUUAUCUCACUGUCAUUGUACAUUGUUACGUGUUCGCUAUCGUAUUUAUUAAUUGCACAUCAUAAAGAAUCUCUACCUGUGUUACCGAGUAGGAAGCUACUAUUAGUAUCUUUACUCCAUUCUUUAAAGCUUCCUUAUUCUGAGAGUGUGUAUUAGGUAUCUAAUAUCUUUCUUCCAAAUUACUCUAUUUUUCUUUACAAAAUGCUGAAAAAAUAUGUCUUUCAAUAAGAGUCACUUACAUGAAACCGGUGUUUCAAUGCUCCAGUGCUUUUUAUAUCCUUGUUUAAGUUGCCUUCGUACUUCCUGCACUAAACAUUAAUAAAGUUAAUUAGAACU